GGGAAAGCUCCCCCUGCUCUCCCCUGCUUCAACGGGGGCUUCGGACAUUACAUAGACCUAUACUUAGGGUAGGUACUUGCCUAAUUAGAGAAGCAUUAUGCCAGGGUAAUCUCGUACAAUUUCGUACAAUUCAAAUGAACAAAGCGCUUGACUGGUAAACUUAACUUCCUUUCAAUAACGGCAGCUUUCCUUUACAACAAACAUUUCCUUUUACUAACUUUUGCUAACCCCCCCCUUUCUUCUCUAUUUUCCUUACAUGUUACAUGUUUGAUUGUCACUUUAACCAAAUCGAACCGAGUCACUCCUAGUAAAGCUAUUCGCACAACUGAGCGAAUCACAAGCACUUUCGCGCCAGAUGGACGCGAUCCGUCGUGUGACACCUCAAUUACAUGGAGACUCACGUAGAUGAGGGAACGCCUUUGAGCAACUACCUCGAGGGCACCGGAGAGAGAGACGAAUCGCUGUGGCAGGAACUCGAAAAUGAUACCGACCACGACUUCUCACCGGAGUCAAGCCCACCACGAGAUUUCGCUCCGAGAGGCUUAGCCAAGGUUCGGAAAAAGUUUCGGGAAAACUUGCCGAGACCCUUGUGUAUUGAUUCUAAUACUUUCCCUUCCCGUAUCAGCCUUGAUGAGAUUCACAACCACGCCUCACCUCUUUUCGAUGUGCUACGACUCUUCGUCGAAGCAGUUACUUCAUCUAUCGACCAUGCUAAAUCGAUCGGUUUCCUCGAGCGGCUGCGUCUUGCCAUCAUCCAGUCCCAGCUUCUAGAUAACCCCUUGGUGCUAGGUUAUCAACCGUCGAUAGGAUCCGACCCGUCGCAACCAGAAAAUGAGCCAAAUUUCCACGGUCUGACAGCUUCCGGUGCCGUCGCCGCAGCCGUAUUCGGCUUCGGUGCGGCAUCCCUAGCUCGGUGGUUCGUGCUUGGAGGAUUUAUGCCGACUUGGAAACGGCUCUUGGUUUCCACCGUAGUAACAUCCCUAGCGCUCCUAGUCGCGAGGACAUAUGUGCGAAGGCAACUCCUGAGAAAUAUUCAGAAGCAGGGUCUGGUGGAGGCUUCAGCAUUCUUUUCGCUUUCGCGGGAGUACGAUUGUGCGAACAGCGCCGCCCUUAACUUCGUUAUGGAGGUGGAAUUGGUUGCUCGUGGAUAUCGACUGAGCACGCCUAUUCCCCCUAUUAGUCGAUUAGAGAAUAAUGGACAAAACGUCAAGUGCCUUCAAUUAAGGAAUGCUCUUCGAAACAGUCUUACAGAGGUUAUCUCCAAGUACUACACAAUAGCUUUCACAAUUUGGGGAUUUGCAGAACAGACCGAAUUGAUGCAGCUACAAUCUCAAUAUCAGUUUACAGUUACCGAUGUGGUGGAAAGAUUUCAAGUGUUUUCCAGGGCCGAUCCCCAGAAUGCCGAGAAAUUGCAACCCCUCAAAGAUGCCGCAUUCCUCUUCCAUGAUAUCCGAAAGAUGUUUUUAAGUGGUUUACUAGCUCUCCAUAGCGCUGGCAAUGACACCGACCGACUUCGUUUCUCGACGAUAUUAGAGGCGUUUAAGGAAUUAAAUGUUGCUACGAAGCAAGCGUACGUGCGAGUGAGAGAUAUAUUGGCUGAUAAUGACUUCCAAAUCCCGAAGACACCACGGAGUCCCGAGACCCCUGGCCACGACCGAUGGCGCCACCAAGUUCGUAGACUCAACUCGAUGACUAUGAACAUCCGCAGUGUGCAGGCAAAGUUACACCUUCUACGCGAAGAGUCAUCCAAAGCCUUGAACGAAGCGGACGAUAUCAGCGAUCUUGGUCCAUUAUUUAUGGCUCAGUAUGAUUCGAUCGGGCAAGAUCUUCGAGAUUUGAUGGAAGCAUGGCAGACCGGCAAGGCCUCGCUGGCGUCUGGUAUCGAUAGAAACGAGAAGCGCCUGUCAUCUAUUGGCUCUACGCUUGUAUCUCCUUUGAGUACGAUGAGUGGACGAACGAUUGUGGAAGAGGAUGAGAGCAGCCUUGAUGAGCAUGAUGGUGUUGCCGAUGCAUUAAAGAAGCUUACCGGAGACACUUCACCACCAGUCGAGAUCGAACCUGAAGUUUUCGAGGCCAUCUCGAUCCCUCGGCCGAAGAGCUUACUUACGCGAGAAGAGAGGAUUAUCAGAAUGAGAGAAGAUCGUAAGAGCAGAGAGGUUGCCAAGGCAAAAGCCGAAGCGCAGAGGGGCAUGAUGCGAGAAUUGCAAGGGGUACUGGACAGAAAACCCGGACGUGGCCGAGUCUCUCUUUAAGAAAAUUUCCUUGGAAUCUGUAUCACUUCGACUAACAGCAUUGACUGAGCCUGCGGCGUUGGUAACGAUUAGAUCAUGAACUGGGCCAUCAUCGGUUGCAAUACGGCGUAUUUGGGAUAGAGCGAUUCGGCUUGAAGUUCUAUUCACCACGGCGUGGUCUGGCUUGUUUACAUAGGGUAAGGGGCGUAUUCAUAGAGAGCUGGUCAUCCAUACGAUCUUUGCGCAUAAUGGUUUUUUUCUAUGUCGCCGUAUAUAUAUGCACUAUCAACACCUCCAACCUACCUAUCUAGGUUUAUAUAUAAUAAAACUCAUUGGAGAAGAAGGGAUAUCCCGAAAUCUUCUCUUAAUUAUCUACCUAGACCCCUAGGCAGGUAUCUAUAGAUAGUUAAAUUUAAGGAAUAAUAUGUAUAUUAUGUA